CUCACGCGCACCACCAUGCUCCACCGGUCUUAUCGGCGGAAAGUAAGCUAUUGAUAUUGUCUUUGUUACUACAGAACUUACUUCGCAGACCUGAUUCAUGAGUGACCCUCCACCAUCUCGUGCCCCAUCCAUACCGCCUCUUAACCUCCCCUCAGCAGCCCUACAUAUUCACAGUCGUGCACAGGACGAACAGCACCCAGACUCUGAAGCCGCGGUACGCCAUGAACGGCAGCGCGUUGCAAAAGAGCUAGAACCCGUGAGGCGCAAGAGAGUCGCAACACCAAGUGAAGCGAAUGCAGAGAAUGAACCGAGAGAUGAGUUGAGCAGGCAUGCCAGUACGCAAGCAGAUGUUCCUCGAGAGACGGGAGAUCACAAUGCAACAACACCGUGUAGGACCCGAUUCUACGACCCAGUCACCAAGUUCUGGGGUACACAGAUAAGUCUUAGCAUAGAAGAGGGAUCGCUGAGAGACCACCUGGCACUCGAGCGCACUUUCCUCGGCUACCUGCAUACCUCACUCCUCCUCGUAGUAACGGGUGUGGUUAUCGCCCAGCUUUUCCGGCUGCAGCAUAGUCCCCAUCCGCAUCCUCAUUUUGGCUUCUACAAGAUAGGGAAGCCGCUGUCGGCAGCAUUCAUCUGCAUGGGUAUCGUGGUUGUGCUGAUUGGAGCGAUACGGUUCUGGAGAUUGCAGAAUGCGCUGGUGAGGGGCAAGGCUAUAGCUGCGGGGUGGGAAGUUAGUCUGGUGAUGGGGCUGGUUGGGUCCUUGAUGCUGGGGACAUUUGGGCUUGUUUUGGGAGUCGAUAUUGACAAGAUGUAUUUUGGAGGGUGACUUGGGAAUUCUCAUACUACUUGUACCAUCUUUCAGGAUAAUGAAAACAAAAAAGCAGCAGUCGGGAUAUCCAGAAAGUAAAAUGGUAUUGGAGCUAUCAACGCAACCCAAGUCUUGAGCUACAGGAUUGUCUCUACCAUGGUGCAAAUCAA